AUGGGCUACAACACUCAGCUUCAGAGCAAAUUCGCUCACAAGGUCGGCGAGCCCGUGCCCGAGUUCAAUACUGAAUUCCCCGCCCACCCUGGCAUCGUCCACUUCCCAAUCGCCUUCAACACCCUGGCAUGGGGCCUCGACAUUCUCUACUUCGUCACCACGACAUUCAAGCCCGAGUUCCUGACCAGCCGUUUCGGUGCCCCCACGACGUUGCUUGACAUGACCCGUGUCUCGUAUUUCCUCCUCUGCGCCGGCUUGAUCACCACCGUCCCGGCCAUCAUGUCCGGUAACAUCCAGUUGGUGGGCAUGAUCAAGAAGAACGGCGGCCCCUGGGAAAAGGACGCGGCGGGCAAAGCCAAGAACACCAUGGUGCCGAGGAUCAAGGCCACCAUUACGCACGCAAUCAUCAACGAUCUGAUAUUCGUGGCCAACCUUUAUAGUUGGUAUCUGAGGAAGGACAAGGCGGGCGCGGUCAACCUGGGCAAGAUCCCCAGCAGCACGAAUCUCAUCAUCAGCGCGGUGCUCCUGCCUUUCUUGAUCAUUUCGGCCAAGAUCGGCGGCACUCUUGUGUUCAACCACGGUGUGGGUUUGAAUUUGGGAAGAAAGAAGUUCGAGUAG